ACGAGUUGUCUUGAGAGAGGUUAAGAGGGCUGUCAAAAAGAAGGUCACAAUGGCUGACAGCGCCGAAGUUACACCUGUCGUGAGCUGCCAGUCUCCUCCUGGUCCUGGAAAAGAGGAGCAGGGAGGAGGAGAAGGUGGUGGUGGAGGCUCUGAUACGGACGCAGGAGCUGGUUUGUCUGAGACUCAGAGGGAGGUGCUGGAGAGAUGUCUGCAUGCUCUCAAACAUGCUAAAAAUGAUAGUCAAACACUAGCUGCACUCCUGCUGAUCACCCGUUUGUGUCCAGCGAACCAACUAGACAAACCCACCUUGAGGCGCAUCUUUGAGGCAGUCGGCCUCAACCUCCCAGCUCGACUUUUGGUAACAGCGGUCAAGGGGAACGACAACUCCGGCUUACCCCCCCACGAACUCCUGUCAUUGGGCACGGCUCUAUUGUCUGCACUGAGCACAGAUCAAGACAUGGCUGCUCAUCCCCAGCUCCUCACCACAAUCCCGCUUCUGCUCAGCAUUUUAGGGAACGGUCCCAUGAACCAGAAGAAACAAGCAGCGGAGGAACAGAACCAAGCUGGAGAGAAGGGGCUGAGUCCAGAUAGUCAAGUCCACCUGACAGAGAUUUCAAACCCUGAAAAUAAUCCAGACAGUUUAGAUGAAUCAGUAAGAGAGACUGAGACCAGCAAGCAAAAGGGUGACGAUAGCAGUGCAGCAAAUGGAGCAUCAGCCCCUCAAGAGACCUCGCCCUCCUCCAAGCUGGAUGAGGCCAUGGCGGCUGACUGCUAUCAGGUUCUGACAGCUGUGUGUGCCUUACCCAGGGGUCCUGACCAGCUGCUGAGCAGGGGUGCAGUCCCAGCUCUGUGCCAAGCGGUGGAACAAAACCAAACCUUCAGCCACAAGAGGGGGCUUCCCUUGCUUGGUUGCCUUCUCGCAGGGAAAACCAAAGACAAAGCGUGGAGUAAACACCCUGCAGUACUCCUCAAUCUGCUGGUCAGGCUCUCCAAAGACUUCUGCCAAUCCAAAGACCAGAACAAGCUUGAUAUGUGUUCCAAGCUGGUGCAGUUUCUCCCCCCAGUGGGAGUGGAAGUAGAGAAAGAGGAGCUGAAGGGAGUAGUGAGCCGUGUGUGGGGGGAAUUGAGGCCGAUGAUGCAGGCUAAAUUGACGCCGAGGCAGAUCAGGCCAAUAUUGGUCCUCAGUGCGUGUCUGCUGGAUUUGUAUGGGUGGGAGAUGGUGGGACCACCUAAAUUCUGCUGCUUAUUGGUGAACCGGGCCUGUGUGGAGGUCAGAAUGGGUUUGGAGGAACCACCCGGUAAUGAUCUGAGCCCAGAGCUGCAGGACACACUUACAGGCUGUUACAGAAUCAUGGAGGCGGCCAUCGAGCAGGCCUGCUGUGCGGGCGUCACACAGACUGCCACGCCUCCUCAGAGCUCCAUCUCCACGCUCAGUCUGCAGCAGAGCAGGCAGGUCCUCGGCGUGCUGGAGGAGGCUUUCUCUGCUAUAAUGUACCACCUGCAGCAGGUGGAUCCAAGUCGCUAUGGAGACCCUUUCAUUUUCGCCACAUUCCGCUCUCUGUGCUCAUGGCUGGCCGAGGAGACGUCCUGUUUAAAGGAGGAAGUGACCGGGCUGCUGCCGUUCCUGAUUGGCUACUCCCGGAGCCACUUGCAGGGCGAGAGCCAGGAGCAGGGCCUCUCUGACUGGAUGGCCGACAUGUCCGUCACCCAGGAGACAGCUGCCUGGACAGGCAGAGAAGCUCUGAGGUAUCUCCUCCCAGGUCUGUGCCACCUGUCAGCGGAGGAAGGUCCGAGGAAGGUGCUGCUGACCCUCGACACCCCGGCGCUGCUGGUGGACUUUCUGUCACAGAGCUGGACUUCACUGAAGGGUAAAAGCGGGGUGGCGUCAGCGAGAGACCCCAGCAUGGAGACGGUGUGCUCGGCCCUCCUCAACUUCACCGUCACAGAGCCAGAGAGAGUCAGGAAGGACCCAUGUUUCAGGACUCUGGAAAACCUUCUGAGUGAAACGCUUCCUGUUUUGGUGCAUAAACCUCGCCUCCUGGUCCUAGCAGCAAAUUACUGCACUUUGGGACUAAUGAUGGGCCGACUUAAAUCAGCUCCUUCAGGCUCAGCAGAAGCCGGUCAGAGGCGGUUCUUCUCCUCCGCCCUCCGCUUCCUCCGCGGCGCCCUGGACUCCGGCUCCAGCCCCGGACCGGUGAAGGUGAGCGCCAGCUGGGAGGAGAGCUGGGACGAGGCCGCGGAGCUCUGGAGGCUGAGUUUACAGGCUCUGGGAGGCUGCGUCCGAGCCCAGCCCUGGAUCACCACACUGGUCAGAGAGGAAGGUUGGCUCAAACACACGCUCGCUAUGCUGGCUCAGUGUAGCGCACUACCUGACCAGCAAACACAGGAGGUGCUAGAAGAAGCCCUGUGCGCCAUGGCCAACCAGUGCGUCCACUGCAAGCAGGAGAUCGGAGACACGAUGAUGAGAAGCGAUAAAGGAGCUCUGAGCUGUAUGAGGAACCUGAAGAAGCUGGUGGGAGUGAAGUGAGACCAUCACACUGCUGCACACAGACACUGAACUCUCUGACGUGGAGUUUGAAAAUGAAGUCGCACUUAGAAAAUAAAUUAAAUAAACAAGCACAACAAUUACUGGAGCCAAACUUUAUUAUUUUCACCACUCUGAUAUGGAUCAUGUGUUACCUUUUUGUGCUGAGCUGUCUUGUAAUGAGAUCAAAAACCCCUUCAGAUUAGUCCUGCAGGUCUAGUGAUGGUUGUAGAAGGAUUUCAUAGAAAAGAGGACGAGUGGUGUGUUUAUGUGUCAUAUUUUCCUUCUACUUCAGUGUAAAUGAGCUCUUGAUAACCAUGUUAGUCUUCUCUAUUUUGCAUGAAAGAAACAGCAAUGAUCUCCACCUGGAUCUUUUCAGUGAAUGUUGAAAUGUAAACGCAUUUAAUAAAGAAUUAUUUUAUUAGAGAA